CCGUUCAUUUGUGUUCUUGAAAAUUUCAAUUCAGUGUUUACUGUUAGCUCGUGAAACGCACGACUGCUUACAGCAACUGUUUAAACUACUACGAACAUAAACGAAAAUUUCGAACAAAAAAUAUUUUCACUGAAAGAAAUUAUUUUCAUUAAAAUAAAAUUAAUUUUUAACGAAAAAGUGCUAAAAAAUAUGAAAAUUGCAACACCUUUACGCUGGGAUUAAAUUUGCAAGCUGUUUUGAGACAGCACAAAGGAGAGGAAUACAAAGUUUUAAAGCUUCUAGUGCGUUAUUAAGGCCUUUGGGCCUCUCUCACCGCCAAAAUGUCGUCCGUUAAGGUGGCGGUUCGAGUGCGACCCUUCAAUUCGCGUGAAAUCGGUCGAGAAUCAAAAUGUAUAAUUCAAAUGAGCGGUGCAACCACCGCUAUCACAAAUCCCAAAGUACCAAUAAACAGCAGCGAAGCCAUCAAAAGCUUCAAUUUCGAUUAUUCCUAUUGGUCACACGAUCCACGGGAUCCCGAAUUCUCCACCCAAGAGAUGGUCUACAAGGACAUCGGCGAGGAGAUGCUGCAACACUCCUUCGACGGCUAUAAUGUAUGCAUAUUCGCCUACGGUCAAACCGGUGCCGGCAAAUCAUACACAAUGAUGGGCAAACAGGAGGAGCAUCAAGAGGGCAUUAUACCGAUGAUUUGUAAGGAUCUCUUCAAUCGUAUACAUGACACGGAAACAAACGAACUCAAGUAUUCGGUUGAGGUUUCAUAUAUGGAAAUCUAUUGCGAACGUGUACGCGAUUUAUUAAAUCCGAAGAACAAAGGCAACUUGCGCGUACGUGAGCAUCCAUUGCUCGGUCCAUAUGUGGAGGAUUUAUCCAAGUUGGCCGUCACCGACUAUCAGGAUAUACACGAUCUCAUCGAUGAGGGCAACAAAGCGCGCACCGUGGCCGCUACCAACAUGAAUGAGACCAGCUCUCGCUCACAUGCCGUUUUCACCAUAUUCUUUACCCAACGUCGUCACGACAAUAUGACCGAUCUGACCACCGAGAAGGUUUCGAAAAUUAGCUUGGUCGAUUUGGCUGGUUCCGAACGCGCGGAUUCGACAGGCGCCAAAGGCACACGUCUAAAGGAGGGUGCCAACAUCAAUAAGUCUUUGACAACACUCGGCAAAGUUAUAUCGGCCUUGGCCGAAAUUGCUUCUAAGAACAAGAAAUCAAAGAAAGCCGAUUUUAUACCUUACCGCGACUCCGUUUUGACCUGGCUCUUGCGCGAAAACUUGGGUGGCAACUCUAAGACCGCCAUGAUUGCCGCGAUCUCACCAGCUGACAUUAACUACGAUGAAACAUUGAGCACAUUGCGUUAUGCCGAUCGCGCCAAACAGAUCGUUUGCAAGGCCAUUGUCAACGAGGACGCCAAUGCCAAGCUUAUACGUGAGCUCAAGGAAGAGAUACAGAAGCUGCGCGAUCUCUUGAAGGCCGAGGGCAUUGAAGUGCAAGAAGAAGAUGAAAUGACCAAAUCGGGCAGCGGACCAAUAAAGUCGCCAACAAAGACACGCAAUCGCAACGGUUCGACUACUGAAAUGGCAGUGGAUCAGCUGCAGGCCAGCGAAAAAUUGAUUGCAGAACUCAACGAGACUUGGGAGGAAAAAUUAAAACGCACCGAAGAGAUACGCUUGCAACGCGGCGUCUUCGCUGAAAUGGGUGUAGCCGUCAAGGAGGAUGGUGAUACCGUUGGUGUAUUCUCACCAAAGAAAACACCACAUUUGGUCAAUCUAAAUGAAGACCCGAACUUAUCGGAAUGUCUACUCUACUACAUUAAAGACGGCAUUACGCGUUUGGGCACACACGAGGCCAAUGUGCCGCAAGAUAUACAAUUGUCCGGUUCGCAUAUUUUGAAAGAGCAUUGUACUUUCGAAAAUCGUAGCAGUACCGUUACGCUCAUACCGCACAAAGAUGCUUUGGUCUAUUUGAAUGGACGCAAAUUAGUCGAACCGGAGGUGUUGAAGACCGGCUCGCGUGUUAUACUCGGUAAAAAUCAUGUAUUUCGCUUCACCAAUCCCGAGCAGGCGCGUGAACUGCGCGAUAAGAUCACUGAGAAUGCCGAGAACGAGAAUGAGACGGAGAAGUGCGACACCCAACAGGUGGAUUGGAAUUUCGCGCAAUGUGAAUUGUUGGAGAAGCAGGGCAUAGAUUUGAAGGCCGAAAUGCAGAAGCGUUUGGAUAAUUUAGAGGAACAGUACAAGCGUGAGAAGAUGCAGGCCGAUCAGCAGUUCGAGGAGCAGCGUAAGAAUUAUGAAGCACGCAUUGAUGCGCUGCAAAAGCAAGUCGAGGAGCAAUCGAUGACCAUGUCGAUGUACAGCAGCUACUCGCCCGAAGAUUUCCACCAGGAGGAAGAUUUAUACACCAAUCCACUGUAUGAGUCCUGCUGGUCCGCACGCGAAGCCGGCUUGGCUGCUUGGGCAUUCCGCAAAUGGCGUUACCACCAAUUCACCUCAUUGCGCGACGAUCUCUGGGGCAAUGCCAUAUUUUUGAAGGAAGCAAAUGCCAUUUCCGUAGAGUUGAAAAAGAAGGUGCAAUUCCAAUUCACACUGCUCACCGACACGCUCUACUCACCACUACCACCUGAGCUGGCCUCAGCCGCUACGCCAUUGCAAAGCGAGGACGAGUUUGGCGCGCCACCAGUUUCGAAAACCAUUGUGGCUGUAGAGGUGACCGACACCAAGAAUGGCGCCACACACUAUUGGUCCUUGGAGAAAUUGCGCUAUCGCUUGGAGCUAAUGCGCCAAAUCUACAAUGUGGAGAGUCCACCAUCGUCCAUGCUUUACGACACGACCUCGCUGUGCGGUGAUAGCGCUGUGCUUACGGCCGAGGCUCUGCAUUACGAUGGCAUAAUACCGUAUACCGCAACUACAGUUACUACGUAUAACGGCGCAUACCCGUCACCAAAUAAUUCCGACAAUACUCACACAUACCCACAGUCCCAAUUACAAAUACAAAAUCACGUUAACACUACAUCAUCGUCGUCGUCGUCGUCGCUGUUGGCGCCUUUAAGCGAUAGCCUCUCGUCGGCGGUGCGCACGAGUCCGAAGAAAGCCGGUGCUGGCAGUUCACCAUCUCGUCUUUCAUUGGCUAACUUAAUGCCAUCUAGACAACGCUUGGAGUUAAUGCGCGAAAUGUAUCACAACGAGGCUGAGCUCAGCCCUACUUCACCGGAUUACAAUGUGGAGAGUCUCACAGGCGGCGAUCCCUUCUAUGAUCGCUUUCCCUGGUUCCGUAUGGUCGGACGCUCGUUCAUCUAUUUGAGUAAUCUGCUAUAUCCGGUGCCAUUGGUGCAUAAGGUGGCUAUUGUUAAUGAACGUGGCGAUGUGCGUGGCUACUUGCGCGUUGCGGUGCAACCAGUUUUGGAUGAGGAGUCCAUUGACUUCAAUAAUGGCGUUAAGCAAUCGGCGCGCUUAGUUUUCAACGAAGAUGAUGCCAAGCCAAAGUAUCGCGCUCUGAACGAGAAGGAUGAUGUGCAGCGUUAUAUCGAUAACGGUGGUUUGGACAGCAAGCUUGAAGAACUUGAGGAUGCUGAUUCCGGACGUGGCAUUGAUUCAAACUCAGCUUCUGAGUGCCAGGAAGCCAAUGAAGAGCCCGGCGAGCAUUUGCAGGUCGGCAAAGAGUUCACAUUCCGCGUAACCGUACUACAAGCUACAGGAAUAGGCGCUGAAUAUGCUGAUAUUUUCUGUCAGUUCAACUUCUUGCAUCGUCACGAGGAGGCUUUCUCCACCGAACCGGUCAAGAAUUCUGCAUCGGGCGCACCACUUGGCUUCUACCAUGUGCAAAAUAUUACUGUACCAGUUACCAAAUCGUUUAUUGAAUAUUUGAAGACACAACCGAUCAUGUUUAAGAUCUUCGGACAUUACCAAACACAUCCUUUGCAUAAGGAUGCUAAGCAAGAAUUUGUCUCGCGACCACCACCACGUCGCAUGCUUCCACCAAGCAUUCCCAUAAGCCAACCGGUGCGCAGUCCCAAAUUUGGGCCACUGCCAUGCCCAUCGACGUCAACAGUUUUGGCCAAGCAUGACGUCUUGGUUUGGUUUGAAAUAUGCGAAUUGGCUCCGAAUGGCGAAUAUGUGCCAUCGGUGGUUGAGCAUAGCGACGAUCUUCCAUGCCGUGGUCUAUUCCUACUCCAUCAGGGCAUACAACGCCGCAUACGUAUCACUAUCGUACACGAACCGACAGCCGAAGUGAAAUGGCGCGAUAUACGUGAGCUAGUCGUUGGACGUAUACGCAAUACGCCCGAAUCUUCGGAUGACUUGGAUGAGGACUCGUGCGUUUUGUCGUUGGGCUUGUUCCCCGGUGAAACUUUGGACGUACCCGGCGAUGACCGUUCAUUCUAUCGUUUCGAAGCUGCUUGGGAUUCGAGCUUACACAAUUCCACUCUGCUGAAUCGCGUUACACAGGCUGGCGAGACAAUUUACAUUACUUUGAGUGCUUAUUUGGAGCUCGAGAACUGUGCGCGCCCUGCUAUAAUCACCAAAGACCUCAGCAUGGUCAUUUACGGACGCGAUGCACGCACCGGUCCACGUUCGUUGAAACAUCUAUUCUCCGGACAGUAUCGCAAUCCGGAAGCAAAUCGUUUGUCUGGCGUGUAUGAGUUGUCAUUGCGUAGAGCCUCUGAAGCAGGUAGUCCAGGUGUGCAACGACGUCAGCGACGCGUCUUAGAUACCAGUUCGACUUAUGUGCGCGGCGAGGAGAAUCUCUCUGGCUGGCGGCCACGCGGCGAUUCGCUCAUUUUCGAUCAUCAAUGGGAGUUGGAAAAGUUGACGCGUCUCGAGGAGGUGGGACGUGUACGCCAUUUGCUGUUGUUGCGCGAACGUCUCGGCAUGGAUACAAAUCCAAAUCCCACAACCAAAACAGAGAAGGACGUCUGUAAUUUGGCAGCGCGUGCCGCCACCUCACCGGUACAUAUGGUCAUACCGCCAUCACCACAGACACCCGUUAAGGAUCCACAACAGAUUGUGCCCGAACGGGAGUACAAUCAAAGAGAGCAGGAGUUGAUGAUGAAGUGCUUGAAGCUGGUGCAGGGCACCUACAAUAAAGCAACAGAUCCCACAGCAGAGCCAGCCACACAGUCGGAUGUGUCGCCGAGUGAUGAGGGCUGCGCCGACAUGACCGUUAGCUGCAUCUCCAGCAACUCUAUCGAAACAACACCAAAAAUUAGACGAAGGUUAUGUUCGCCCGAUCGCGCUGAUGCGCCCAACGGUUGGGAAGCGCCAGCACCCGCUACACAGCCGGCAUUACCGCUACGCUUGUACGUACCCGAGUUGGAGGAGAUUAGGGUGAGCGCUGUGGUGGCGCGCAAGGGUGUGCUGAAUGUAUUGGAACAUGGCGGUUCGGGCUGGAAGAAGCGCUGGGUGAUUGUGCGACGCCCUUAUGUUUUCAUCUACAAGUCCGAGAAGGAUCCAGUGGAACGUGCAGUAUUGAACUUGGCGACCGCACAGGUUGAGUGCAGUGAGGAUCAGGCUGCGAUGGUUAAGAUACCCAACACAUUUAGUGUGGUCACUAAACAUCGUGGUUAUCUGCUGCAAACGUUGGGCGAUAAGGAGGUACACGAUUGGCUAUAUGCCAUAAAUCCGCUACUGGCUGGACAGAUAAAGUCAAGACUGGCACGUCGCACACUGGAGUCGGCAUCGCAAACCGCAUCACAAAUUCAAGCCACAACGGCGUCAAAUGCACAGACAAACAACAAAUGAGAUACAAUUACGAUGGAAUCCGUAUUAGUGUUUUAAGGACAGCGUGUUUCUGAACAGUAUAUGCAAAAACAAAAACAAAAACAAUAUGAGAUUACAACAAAGGAAUAAUUAUGUAUUAUUUAGCUAUAAAUAUUAAGAUAUACAUAUAUAUACACACACACAUACAUGCAUAUAAAGCGUUAUAUGCAUGCAUAUGUACACAUAAACACACAUACAUACAUACAUAUAUGACAGGCUCAUAUAUUGUACCAUAUGCUGGCGAGGUGAAAAUGAAACUAAUGAUUACAGGAAAGUUAGCUAAAAGUAAAAUAGUGAAAAGGAAAUUAGGCCGUUAUGAGACACACACUGAGCGCAAGCACACACACACACAUGCGACAUACAUGAAAAAUUAGUAAAACAUGUAAGUGCGUAAGGGAGCGUAGCAAAGCGCUGAGUAUUUAUGCAAAAAUAUUGACAGAAACAUUUGGUCCGAACCGCUGAGGAUUCCGUCGAGCGAAAGUCGUGCAGCAGUCGUUUUUGAAUUUUUAUGCUAUUUUUUGAACGGACAGUGGUAUUAAAGUGGUAAAAAAGUGACAAAAGUUUGUUUGCAUUCUAGUAGCGUGCGGUUUAGUUAUUGUAUUUGUUGUAUUUGUAAAAUUCGGUAUAUUUUGUAGUGAAUUUUCGCAUUUUCUCAAAACAUAAAAAUGCAUAAAAAUAUUUAUUGUAUUUAAAAAAAAGCAUAUUCAAGAAAAUAUUUACUCAUCCACUCUAAUUGUGUGCAAAGAAACAAAAACAAAAACAAAAAUAAAAAACAAAAAAUUAGUGUAAGGAAACGCAAAUAUUGCAAAGUAAAAAGAAAAAACUUAAAUACGCUUCACUGUUAUCAGAAAAAAAUUUAUCAAAAAUUAUAUAAAAAAACACUAAGCAACAUGAACAAAUUUAAAUUUAUUAUAACUGUUAAUUAUUUAUUUGUAUAUUUAAUUUAUUUUAAUUGUAGGCAAGCAUAAGUGUAAAUUUAGACAUUUUUUCACUUUAAUUGUAUUUAUUUAAUUAUUUUGUUUUUGCAAAAAUAUGCAAAUAGUUUAUUGUAAAUAGUUUAAUUUCUGCAAACAACAAAGUAAUGCAGCAAAAAAACAACAACAACAAAAAAUUAGCAUUUUAUAAUGCGUGUAUACUAAAUAUAUGUUUAAAAAUUUUAGCGUUUAUGCAUUAAAAAUUAAUUAUUGUGCGUGUAGCAAUUUAUUUUCGCCCACAAAAUACAGCUUUUUAUGUGUAAAUGUAGUUGUAAUUGAAAAUAAAGUAUUGUAAAGAGCAAAAGAAAGAAAAUAAAGACAACAGUAAUAUUUAUAAUGCAUAUGUAUGUGCGUAGUAGUUGAAAUGACGCUAGUUUAAUUGGCAAAGCAAGACUUUGAAGUGAAAUGGCUUAGGCACACACACACAUACACAGUUGUAUGAGAUAGGCAAUUUUUUUAUUAAAUUUAAAUUUAAAAAAUAUAAAUAAUUUUUGGCCAGACUGCGAGAGUGGAUUUAUAAAACGAAGAGAGCAGCAAAUAUUUUUUAAACAAUAUAUUUAAAAAAAAUAUUUAUUUAUUUAAAAUUUAAAUAUUUAUUUAUUUAAAAUUUAAAUAUUUAUUUAUUUAAAAUUUAAAUAUUUUUUUUAAUAUUUUUUUUUUAUACUUUUUUUUAAUAAAAAUUCUUUUAACUUUGUUUGAAAUAUUUUUUUUGAAAUGUUUUUUUUUUAAUAUUGUUUUAUAAUUCCUUAUAAUUUAAUUUAAACAAUAUAGUAAAAAUAAAUUAUUUAUUUAUUUAAAUUUAAAAUUUUUUUUUUUAAUAUUUCUUUUUUAAAUUUUUUUUAAUAUUUCUUUUAUAAUAUUUUUUUUAAAUAAAAAUUCUUUUAACUUUGUUUGAAAUUUUUUUUAAAUGUUUUUUUUAAUAUUUUUUAAAAUAUUUUUUUAUAAUGCCUUAUAAUUUAAUUUUUUUUUUAGAACGAGGAGAAUAGGAAAUAUUUUUUUAAUAAUAUAUGUUUUUACGUUAUAAAAAAUUUUUAAUAACUUUUUUUCAAUAUUUUAUUUAAUAUUUUUUUUUUUAAUAUUUUUUUAUAAUUCUAUAUAAUAUUAUUUAAAUAAAUACUAAGAGAAUAGGAAAUAAUUUUUUAAUAUUUUAAUAAUAGUUUUUUAAAUUAAUUUUUUUAUAAUUAAAAUUUUUAAAAUAUUUUUUAUAAAUAUUCAUAACAUUAUUUUUUUUUAAGUGAAGACAGCUGGAAAUAAUUUUUUAAUAAUAUUUUCAAUAUUAUUAGUUUAAUAAUAUUUUAUUUAAUUAAUUUUUUGUAAUAUUUUUCACUUUCUAAAUAUUUAUAAUAUGCCUGCUCUCUUCGUUAAAAAAAUGUAAUUAAAUGAUUUACAAAAAAACAUUGAAAAAAAAUAAUAUUUUUUAAUGGUGUAUAUUUUUUGUAUAUUAUUAAACUUUUUCUAAAUACCAUUUGCUUAGUAACAAUUGUUUUAAAUAAUUUUUUAAAUUUGUUUUUUUUUUUAAUUUUGUUUUUAUAUUAAUAUUUUUAUUUAAAUUUAAUUUAAAUAUAUUGUUUUUAAAUACUAUUGGUUAAAUAAUAUUUUUAAAUCUUUUUUAAAAAAUUUCAACUUCGUUUUUUUUUUAUAAUUUUUUUAAUAAUUCUUUGAUAUAUUAUUUUUUAACAAUUUUUUUGAUUUUAAUUUUUUUAUUAAUUUUUAAAUUUAUUUCUAAAUAAUUUUUGGUGUAACUGUUUUCCGCAUUGAAAAUAAUAAAUAAAUAAUAUAUUAUUUUGAGCGCUAAAGCGUUUAACUAAGCUCAAAAACAUAUUUUUAGGCCGCUUAAGCCCCGUAUUGAGGUUAAGUUGCAAGUGUGGCCAAGUUUUUGAAAUAUUUUUGAAGAUCUUUAAACUUAAAUUUAAAAGUUUAGCAAUUUAUCUGCUUAACUAACCUCAAAAAACUAUUUUUUUCUCUAACCAAAUUGAGGUUAGCUACAACAGUCUGGCCAACUUUUGAUUUUUAUAUUUUUUUUGUAUUUUUUUUCUUAUUUUUAAAUGAUUUUUUAUUAUAUUUUUUUUAAUCUUUUUGUUUCGAUUUUUUGAAAAAAAAAAUUUUAUUAUGUUUGUCCUUUUUAGCAUUUUAAACUUCUUUAAAUUCACUAAAACUAAGCAAAAAAUUGAAUGUAUAAAACGCAAAUGUAAUUGAUGUAUUUAGCAACCAACAACAAUAAACACUAUGUUAUAUGUAAAUCAAGUGGCCUACUAGGCGUUAUAAAAGCACUAAUAUGGAUUCCACCAAAAUAAGCAAAACAAAAGAAAAUAAAAAUGAUUUGCAAAAAAAUAUACAUAUAUAUACAUACAUAUAUUUAAAAACUAUAUAUAAUUGCAACUGUAACAAAAAAAUAAUUAUUAUAAAAAAAAUAUAUAAAAUAAACAUAAAAAUAUUAAAACAAUAAAAAAAAUAAAAAUUAUGACAAUUAAAAAAAAUAAAAAAAAAUUAUAACACUUAAUAAUAAAUAAAAAUUAAACAAAAAAUUAUCAUAAAAAAAUGAAAAAUCAAUUAUCUCAAAUAAAAAUAUUUAUUCUAAAAUACAUAAGUUCUUAAAGAAAAUUAAACUAAAUUAUUAAUUACAGUAGUUAAAUUAUUAUUUAACAACUACUUGUUUAUAAAAAACUAAAAAACAAACUGCUUAUUAUUUAAAUUUUAAACAAAAGUAUUAAAAAUAUAUAAAAAAUAUUAUUUAAAACCAAAAAACAAUAAUUUUUAAUUGAAAACAAAUAUGUAUGUAUGUAUACAGAAAAAAAUUAAAAACCAAAAAUUAGUUACUAAUCCAACAAGUUUAAACAAGUUGCAAAACUCGGUGUGCAACAACAACUACAUAGAGUUACCAACGCGAGAAAUAUUUUGAAAUUCAGCACGUAAAGAACCAACUAAUUUACACAAUGUACUGAAAGCUCCACUAAAAAGCGUUAGAUAAAUUAAAUUUCGAAAAAAAAUUCAUAAAGCUCGAUAUAAACCGUUAUUUAAACGAGUGGUUGCUUUCUUUCUGACCUUUCUAAAGAAAUAUUUAAAUAUUUUACCUUCUCAGCUUUCUUAAGUUGAAUAGAGAACUCUCACUUAAAAAAAAAUUCUCUUCUUUCAUAACCAAGUCCUAAGGCAAUCUAAACUAAGGCCACAUAAACUUCUCAAAAGCACAAGCAAUCGUUGUAAGAUUUUAGAUGUAGUAAAAUAUCACGAGUAUGUCAUUAACCACAUCCCUCCAUUGCUAAUUGAAAAAUUUAACAAAAAUGGCUUUAAAUGAUUUUGAGCGAAAAAGUAAAGCAUGGACGAAGUAAAAGAAUUACAUGAAACGACAUAAAAGUAAAAAUGUAUGCAAUGUAUAUAGUCUGCCACAUUUCGAAAAAGCUCUCGAAAAUAUUUAAGCUUAAAAGCUCGGAUGAGUUACAAAUUUCUCUUAAAAAAUGCGACAAGAGUUUAAAUAUAGAAUGUAAAACUAGCUCUGAAAAUUUUCAAAAAAGCUCUCUAAAAUGUUUAAGCUCGAAAAUAUGCAAGCUCAAGUUACUAAAGCUUUUUAGUUUAAAAAAUUAGUGCUUGUAGUAUUUUAAAAGGCAAAUAUUUAUUUGAGCUUUAAUAAUAUUUUUCAGUACCUUCGAAGCUUUUCAAAAAGCUUUAUAAAACUUUUUAAAGCCUACAAAGCUAAACUACUAAAGCUCUUUAAGUUAAAAGUUUGGAAAUAUAGUAUUUUAUGCUGGGCUAGAAUGUGAUUAUUUACUCGAGCUUUCAGUGUUUUUUUCAGUACCUUCGAAAGCUUGCUUAGAUUCAAGAAAUUUGCAGGGUUGAUAUGCUUUAUAAAAUCGCUAGUAUGGGAAAGUUGUGAAUUUGUGGCAACGCUUUACUAUUUAUUUGAAUAUGAUUAUUUGAAAACUGAAAAAAAAUCUUUAUAAACGUUUUAAGCUUUCAAAGCUCUGAACAAUUAUUUAAAAGCUUUCACAACACAACUUUAAAUUGUGCAAGCUUUGAGACGCAUACUUUUAGAUAAGUCAAAGUGUAGGAACCCUAUAAAGCUUUAGGUGUAUAUGGACGAUAAUAAACAAAGUGGAAGCUUUUUAAGCAAAGUAAAAGUUUCGUAAGCAAAGUGAAAGCUUUGUAAGCAAAGAGAAAGCUUUGUGAGUUAAAGCUUUGUAAGGAAAGUGAAAAUUUUUUAACAAAGUGAAAACUUUGUAAAGGAAGUGAAAACUUUGCAAGCAAACUAAGAGCUUUGUUAGCAAAGUAAAAACUUUAUAAGCUUCGUAAGCGAAGUAAGAGCUUUGUAUGCAAAGGGUAAACUUUGUAACCAAAUCCAGAGCUUUGUAAGCAAAGUUAAAGUUUUGUGGGCGAAGUGAAAGCCUUGUAGAAGUGAAAGCUUUCUAUGUAAGGUGAAAGCUUCGUACGCAAAAGUUAGAGCUUUUUAAGUAAAGUGAAAGCUUUUGUAAGCGAAGUGAAAAUUUUGUGAGAAAAGUGGAAGCUUUGUAAGCGAAGUGAAAAUUUUGUGAGAAAAGUGGAAGCUUUGUAAGUGAAGUGAACGCUUUGUAAGCAAAGGAAAAGCUUCCUAUGUAAAGUGAAAGCUUCGUGGGCAAAGUUAGAAUGCUUUGUAAGCGAAGUGAAAGCUUUUGUAAGCGAAGUCAAUGCUUUGUAAGCGAAGUGAAUGCUUUGUAAGCAAAGUAAAAGCUUUGUAUAGCGCGCUUUCGUUGUUCCAUGCUAGGGAACGAACGUUAAGCGCAUAGUACUGUAGGCAAGUUAUGGUCUGAAAAUAGAAAUUAAAAGUUUAAAAGAAAAUAAUUCUAUUGUUUAAAACAUUUUUUCAAAACUUUUCCAAAUUUUAAGCGCAGCUUGUGCUUUUAACUGACAAUGUGUGCAUAGUGAAAGCGCUCAGUUUAAUUUUUUUAAUAUUUAUAUUUUUUUUAUUAUAAAAUAAUAAUUAUUAUUUGUUGAAAUUAUCGAAAGAACGGAACUAAAAAGUUUGACAUUAAAACUCAAAACAAUUAUUAAUGAAAUAAUGAAUAAAAAUCAAAGCAAAACUACAAACAAAGCAGUUAUUGAUAUUAAAAAUUAUAAGGAAAAAAAAUAAAAUGUACAACACUUUCGAAACAGAUAUAUACACUGAAAAAAAUAUAUACACACUUACGUAUAUAACAAAUAGUAAGAGGCAACAAUAAGUUAUUUAAAUAAAUGUCUUAUACUCUGAAAAAAUAAAGAAAAAGAAAAUUAAAUUAAAAUUCUACAAAAAGUGUGAACAGCAUUAUGGGCAAUUGAACAGGCAUUUAGGUGCGUUGUAGCAGAAAAUAGAACUACAAAAACAGAAAAAAGUAUAUAACAUAAUUUUAAAAAAAUAUAUAUACAAACAAACCAAUAUAACCAUCAAAAACACUCACAGCAUAGCAAAAACAAACAUACAUACACAUUAAAGCACACAUUUGCAUUAAAACACAAAAAAACUACAUAACAUAAAUACAUACAUACAAAUAUGCAACACUCAUUAUAUAACUAAAUGACAUAUAAACACAAAAAUAUCUACAUAUAAGUAUAGUAAAAUGAGGAAAACGGCGAAGCAUUAUAUUUAAAGGAUUUAAAAAUAAAAUGGAAAAAGUUGAGAUCAAUAAUUAAUAUAUAUAUACACAUAUAUAUAUAUAUA